UAAAGAAAGUAAUCUCUAAAUAAACAGAGGAUGCUCUGGUUCUGGUAGACAGACGGCCCAGAUACUUUCCCCCACCCCGAACCCCCCGUUGAUUCUCGUCUCCCUCCGACUCCGACCCGCGCAUCUGGGGCUCCGCCGGCGGCCGGACUAGAUGAGCGUGCUUUCCGGCUGCAGGAGCAGGAGCUUCAGGGACAGCACUUGGUUGACGCGCGCAUGAGCUUCACGGCAGCACCUUGAAUUUCCUCCCCCAUAUCCCAGCUUUGGCAAGAAUGUGUGAACAUGCCUAGGCUUGGAGGAGCACCUUCCUUCCUUCCGGUUCUGACAACUCUUUAGGGACUGCAAAUUGCUUGUUUGUCCAUGGAGCGAGCAGCAAGUAGCUCCGUACGUGUCUGCACACCAAUGGACACAAAAUUAGGAUGCUUUGAUAGACAAUCAACACUCGAGAGAUUUAUUUAAAGAAAGCAAAUAAGCAGGGGGUGCUUUGGUAGACGGCCCAGAUACUUUCCCCACCCGGAACCCCCCAUCGAUUCUCGUCUCCCUCCGACCCCAGCGGCGGCGCACGUCUGGGGCUCCGCCGGCGGCCGGACUAAAUGAGAGCAGUUGCGGGAGCUUCAGGGACGGCGACACGAGGCUGACGCGCGCAUGAGCUUCACGGCAGCACCUUGAUUUCCUCCCCAGAUCCCAGGACAUAAUGGCGGAUAUCCCGUUAGGCUGUUACACUAUAAAGUCCCAUGGAGCCCAAAUUGCAAGACUCCACAUGUAUGACUGGAUAAUACUUGUCCUCCUUGCUGUCAUAGAUGGAUUGUUGAAUAUAAUUGAGCCUUUUCACCGUUUCGUUGGGAAGGACAUGAUGACUGACUUGAGAUACCCCUUACAGGGCAAUACUGUGCCCUUUUGGGCUGUUCCGGUCAUUGGAAUCGUCUUACCCUGUGCCAUCUUUGGUGGAAUUUACUUCAAGAAGAAGAAUUUCUAUGAUUUGCACCAUGGCAUACUGGGUAUUCUUUAUUCGGUGCUCAUAACUGCGGUGAUUACUGAUGCAAUUAAGGAUGGAGUUGGCCGACCGCGUCCUGAUUUCUUCUGGCGCUGUUUCCCAGAUGGAAAGGAUCUUUAUGACAAUGUCACUACUGGCGUUCUGUGCCAUGGGGAGAAGAGUGUCAUCAAGGAAGGUCACAAGAGCUUCCCAAGUGGACAUGCAUCAUGGUCUUUCGCCGGCCUGGGCUUCCUCACGUGGUACUUAACUGGGAAAAUCACGGUUUUUGACCGUAAAGGCCAUAUCGCAAAGCUGUGCAUCAUUGUUCUGCCUCUGCUUACAGCUGCGCUCGUUGCCGUUUCUCGUGUGGACGACUACUGGCAUCACUGGCAAGAUGUGUUUGCAGGAGCUAUCAUAGGUCUCACAGUGGCCUCAUUCUGUUACCUGCAAUUUUUCCCAUAUCCUUUCGACGCAGACGGAUUGUGGCCUUACGCAUACAACACCCUCCAGCUAGCCGAGGCGGGCAUUGCAGCAAACUCCUUCAGCGUGCGGCCCACCGAGGAGAUGGUAGAAGAAGGGCAAGGUGAGGGUGGGAUCGCCCUGAGAGACGCCGUGCGGCCCAUGGAGGAGACGGUAGAAGAAGGGCAAGGUCAGGGCAGGAUCGCCCUGAGAGACGCCCUGAGAUGUGAAGAAGACUAGGACUGGAAAGAUCCGACGACACCCUAACUGCAAUGAUUUUCCUCAGGCUUAUGUUUUCGGCGCACAUCGCAGGCGGCUAUCUGGGAGCUGUUUUUCUCAUGCACAGUUUGGUUGCUUGGUUUUCACCGUUUGUUUGCUAGAGGUUGACUUGAUUGGAUAGUUUGGCCAGUGAGGAUCUCGGCUGUAUAUUACAACCUAGUUAGUGUUAGUGUGGUGGGUGAGACAUUGUGCAUUAAUUAUUUCUUGGUCUUUCUGAUGGCUGUUUUUUCAGAAAGCGGUAUGUAUGUAUAUAUGAUUUGCUUUGAUUUUAUCAAGUUUGAUUGGGUUGCUCAA